AACGUGUUUGACGGUGUGCUAUUCUGAUAAAAAUUGUAUGCUAUAUUCUAUUUGCAGUUUGAAACUGAGCAGUUGGUGGGACUGCGUGACUGUGCAUGCAUUAAUUAAUUAACGUUAUUUAAGUUAAACAAACCGCAUUUGGAGGCUUUAGAACACGCACAAUGAGGAUAUUGAUUAUUUUUGCUACUUGUCUAAUUUUGUACGGAGAGUGCAAUCUAUUCCCCAAAGGAAAGCAUCAUGGUAAUUGGAUAACUAAUGAAAUAUCUACCAGGAAGACCCAUCACGCUGGUCCUCCAGAUCACACGAAACUUGUUGCUAUGGCCAGAUAUGUCCUUCACAAUUCCAACUGGGCGUCUAUAGCUACCAUAUCAGUAUUGCCAGCUAUCGAGGGAUUUCCGUUUUCAAACGUAAAAUCAAUUGUUGACGGGUCUCUUGCAAACUCUACUGGAAUUCCAUACUUUUAUGUCUCUCCCCUGGACUUCACGGCUCGCGAUUUGAUGAAAAACAGUCGUGCCACGAUAUUGGUUACUUUGGAGGAAACACGAUUCUGCGAAAAUCAAAAAUAUGACCCCGAGGACCCUCGUUGCACCCGUCUUAUGUUGUCCGGAAAAAUGAAAAAGGUCAAAGACGGCUCUCCCGAGUAUGAAUUUGCGAAGGCCGCUUUGUUCGAGAGACAUCCGGCGAUGGCGACUUGGCCAACUGACCACGACUGGUUUAUCACCAAGAUGAAGAUCGCCCAAAUAGCAAUGGUGGACUGGUUCGGCGGGGCCAAAUAUAUCCCUGUUAAAGACUACCUCGCUUACAACUACACUGGUACUGAAAUGCUGCAACAUUACCGCCAAGGGCAUCAUCAUGUAACCCUUUAAGGCAAAAUAGGUCCUCUAUUGGUUUCGGAUUAAGAAUAUUGUCGUUCUAUAUUAUUUUCAUUGGUUAUAGAAAUGGUUUAAAUAGUUUUCUAUAAAUAGUAGAGCGCGUCGUUAAAUGUGUCUAUAAUUUUUAGAUCUCUUUGUACAAGACUUUUCAUGUUAAAUUACAUCCCCAGACCUAUCCUGGUCUUUCAAAUGUCACAACAUAUUUAUUUAAGAAGUAUAUUUUGUACAUUUAAUAUAUAUUCCUGUAAUGUUAGGUUUUUUACUUUCAUACAUUGAUUUUUGUUAGAUCUUCACUUGUAUAGAAAAUAAAGCGGUAUAAAUAUAAA